AAAUCUUCACUUUUAUAAAAAAAAAAAUAAAGUUUAUAAUUCUAUCUCUCACUCUCUUUCUCUUAAACCUCACACUUUAGAUCAUCUUCCCGUCAGAAUUCAGAAUAACAUUUUUCCUUUUACUCAUCCUUCCAUUAUUUAAUCCUUUUAACUUUACAUUUUAAAACAGAAAAAUUUUUACUGCAAUAGCACAUAUUUUACUUUCAUAAAAGUUAGAAAAAAUUAAUUGAUAAAAUUGCGUUUUUAAAAAUCAAUUUUUAAACUCUAGUAAGUAAAUUAUAAACCUUUACGCACUGUAAACCAUCAUAAAGUAUAAUUUACAAACAAAAAUUGCCAGAUUAUUUUCAUCAACGCUGUGUUAAUAGUUGAAAACGGCGAAAGAAACUUCUAAGUGAAAAAUUCGCGAAAUUUGAAAUAACCAUUCAGAUCAGCUUGGCGAAGCCGAUUGUACUCGAAUUCGAUCGAGCGGAUUGUACUCGUAUUCUCCGGAUAAAGGUGUGCACAUCUCCCGCGCGUGUAUUUCUACCGAUCUUCUCAGCGACAUGGCACUCUCUUCGAUUCAAGCAAGAUUUUGUAUUCCUCGCGGGCCGUCGAUGGCGUCGAGAAGCGUGCGUAACAGCUCUCCGGGGAACCCGUUGUCCUUUGUUGAAAGGAUUCACCGUGAAAAUUCGCAGACGAGGCGUAUCGCAAAUAGGCCUCGUCUUAGAGACGCUACAUCAUCGAUAACAGCAUUGUGCAUAGAGAUGCUGCGUCGCGUUGUAAUUUACAUGCAAAUAAAAGGGAAAGGACUCGAAAAGCACCCGGGACAAAUGGAGCUGUUUCACACUAGUUAAAUGUUGUGAAAAGAAACGGCAGCAACAAGGUUCAGCGCGAAAACUUUCCCACGGCUGACUCUUAAAAGCUCCUCGCGUUUACGAUGUGAUCGACAUGAAAAAUGUAAGAGAUCUGGAAAUGUGAUAUAAAUAUAACAUGUAACCAUAAAUGUUACGUGUAAUUAAGACGUAUUAUCAUAUAAAUAUCUUGUGUAUAUAAAGAAGAUAAGAAAAAGAAAUUUAAAAAAUAAAGAUUUUGAGAAUUUUACACUUGUUCAGCUUUAAUUACUGUUUUUGAUGUUUAAUUAACUAUCCUUAUUUAGAAAAUUACCAAUCCAUCUGUAGAAAGUACCAAUUAAGUUUUAAACACAUACUAAAUACGUAUACCGAUUUAUACCAGAAGAAUUACUUUUAAACAAAUCUGACUUUCUCUAUCUGCUCUGCACAUAUUUCUGAGACUAUAUUUACGAUUACUACAUUCUAGCCCAUUCGAUACCCUUCGAAUCUUUCUCAAAUCAACGUCAAGCCAAAUUUCUUCGGUCAUAAAAAAAGAACUGGUCGUAAGAUGGCGACAAUAACACCCUCCUCAACGUGCAUUAAUGUUAUGUGGAUCGUAAAAAAGGUCGUGUGACAACACAUUGUCACGACGAGUGACCCAUUGGCAUUAGCGGCGCAACAGUACGUGUUUCUAUUGACUUCCAUCCGAGAAAAUCGUUCCGCGAACUAGCAGAGGUUCCUUCCGGGCGAAAAUGUGGAAAAACCCUGGACGCUGGAAGAGUUCACCUCGUAAAAAGAGCGAAACAUCUGCGGUAAACAGCCAUUCGGUCGUCGCCACUGGAAACGUACGACUGCCGUUAGCAAAAGGACGAAAAAAAAAAGAAGAGGUGGAGAUGUGUCGCUUAAAUGAAAUACCGUAAACUCGAAAACCGCGCAUUAUGGCAGCGGUUUGCCCCAUGAAAUAGCACAGAACCAGGUUUUCACAUACAACGAACUUUCUGGUCAAAAAUGCUUCCGUAAUUUAUAUGAAAUUUUCAGAAUUCAUGCUUUUUCAAAAAUAGAAACUAUACAUGUUCUGGAGCGCGAAAUUCUUUUCUUAAAAUCUCUUUGUAUCCAAUAUUGCUCUUCGAAAAUGUUAUAAUUAUUUUUUAUUAUUACGGAAUUGAAAGGAGGAAAAGAAGAGUGCGCAUACACACAGUUGUUAUACCAGGUCAGUCACGUAAUCCAAACAAUUCGCUCGCGCGUUAAAAAACGAUGCCGUGGUAAAUUUAUCUUAUCGGCGCAAAAAAUUUCGUAGUAAAAACACGAGCUUUAAAGACAGAACAGAGAAGAAGUUAAAUUUAUUCAAACGUCAGGUCCGUCAGCGACAGAUCGAACAGAAAUGAUUUAGACAAUUAUUAUGAUAAAAGUUAGUUUUCACAUCAGCGCGCUUUGAAUAAGUGCAAACUGAAAGCUGAAGAUGCAUCGAAUGCUUCUUCUCAGCUGCUCUCAACUGCGGCGGAAGCAGAUAGAAAAAUUCCGAUAGUUCCAAUCUCUACCGUCAAUCUCUCUCAUCACGAUGAAAACAAUCGCCAAUAAAAAGAAAUAAUAAUAAAACGCGAACAAAGAUCUUAAGCUGGAUAGUCGUAUGCAAAACUUUUCGGCAUCGCAUUUUACCGACUGCUACCUAAGGAAUGCACCUCGAGCAAGAAAUUCUUGUAGCCUUAAUUUUUCUUUACUAUUUGCAAACGCAACUAUGCAAAAAUUUCCAAGUUUUAUAAAUAGAAUACGUUAUUAUGCAGAAUUUAGAUAAGCUUUAUUUACCGACAUUUAACAUUUUAGCGCAAAUUAUCAUUGUUUUGUUCAAAAACAUCCGUGUGUAACAUAUUGUAAUGUAAUGUACUUAUUCUCACGUUAUUUUACGGUACUCUCAUGUUACAUUAAAUAUAUUUUAUGUUAUUAUUUUACACGUAAAUAUUAUAUUCGAGCAAACCUUAUUUUUAUCAAAAUACCGCAGUAUAAACUGCUUAUAUAAAUUCUGCUACUAUAAAAAAUUUUAUGGCACUAAAAAUUAUUUGUAACUCAAUGUUUUUCUGCUCAUUUUCGCAAAAUAGCGACUAAUGUAUCCUUCGCGAAAAAUUAAGGCCACUUUAUUUGACUAAUUUUAUUCGACUAAUUUUAUUUGACUAACUUUUUUCGGAUGUAGCACCUUUGGUAUCGUAAAAGCAUAUUUUUUAUAAAUAUGUUUCAAACGUAUGCAAAGGAAGCCCACGCGUAUAUCCUGACAGCAUCCUAGAACAUCCCAUCUCAAUCUCUUCUACGAAUAUCUAAUAACUACGAAUAUCUAAUAAUCUAACGGAUAAUUAAUCAUCUCAGAGAGAGGACAGGAAUUAAUCACAUCUUCAUUAAUAUUCCGUGUUUAUCCUCCGGUUACGUACGGAUCAACACUCGACAUCCGAAAAGACUCGAAGAUAUAUUUGCCAGAUAUCCUUCGUGCGAUAAUAUUUGUGGAUAAUUACAUUCUCGUUCGUUAAUCAAGUAAUUGUAAUAAAAAGAUAAUUAAAAAAUCGAUGAAAACGAUGGAAUGCGCUUAGUGUUGCGACGAUCCUCACAACGUUACGUGCGCAGUCCGCUUUAUAUCUUUGUAGUGACUCGCGACAGAGGACUAAUACGUUUGCAUCAAUUAGCCCGCGUUCGUGCAUAAAUCCGCCGCUUUAUGUUCCCGCGACGCUUAUCUUUGCGGCGCGGAGACGCGAACGUUAAUCGCGUCCCUUAAAAAUACGUGACUCCGCAUUCGUUGCGUUUCAUUAAGCCACGCCGCGUUUAAUUACCCGCACCGCUUCCCCGCGGCUUCGCCGCGUAUUAUGCGCUUCAUUGUCGUCCCGCGAUUCCGGCGCUUUUGCGCCGCGCGAGCGCGGAAAUCGCUCUUCGACGCGUUACGAUGCGACGCGACGCGCAAAACAAAAGAAAAAUAAAAGCGAGAUAAAACGGGGAAGGAAAUUAAAAGCGAGCGUAAUCCGCUGUGGCCACGCGGGGAAGAUGGGCUCAUUUAUAUACGCGCGGUUUAAGCCGCAGCUGCACUAUCUUCGCGUAACGCAAAGUCGCAUUUUCGGAUCUUUUUAAUCGCGACCGCUCCGCUGUCGAGCAAAGUCUGACGUAUUGUAGGAGAGAAAUCAUAAUUGCGUUUCAGUGUCGAGAAUCAUGGAUGAUGGCCCGCCCUUCAGCAAAUCCCAAAACCCGAAAAAUACCUGUGCAAAUUUAAUUAGGCGCUUGGUGCUAAAGCUCGCAAGUCAUUUCUUCGUGUCAAGAGACGCGUCGAGAAACGUUAAGCUAAUAUUUACUACGGAGACGAUAACACGGAUAAUUUGUCGCUACUUGGUACUCCAUAUCAACAAAGGAAAAACAUGAUCUUUUUGAAUAAAUUCAAUUAAAGGAUUAGGAUAUAUAAAUAUUAUUAUAUACUUUUGAAUAUAAAAAAAUAGCUGGAAUUCUUGAAAUAAAUUUAUGACUUCGCGAUUUGACGAUGCAGAUUCAAUAAAUUCUUACAAAAAUUGUCAAAAAUAAGCUCCCUUCAUUUUAAUAUUUGUGAUAAUUUUAAAGAUUAUUGCAAUAAUAAUAAGCUUUUUGAUGGAUCAAUAUCCUGUUCGAGGAAAUGGCAGACUAAUUAAUACAAAAAGGUUUUCGUGUGCACGUCAGAUUAACGUUCGUCAGUUAUAACUGUACAGAAUAACGUCUACAGACAAGUUCUACAUAUCACGAUGUCGCAAAGUGAUCUUUCGGCUAAAAUCAGUGCAAAGUUCUGAAGUCUGCGGAUUGAAACUGCCAGCUAUCAUGUGUUGUCAGUCAGAGAAGAUCUUGUAAGUUUGACGAUUUUUUUUCUCAAAUCUAUUACGUAAAUAUUUGACUAAAAUAAACUUAGCUAAUAUUAAUCUAAUUUUUUAAUUUUUUCACAAAAUGAAAAUGUGAUUAUUGCAAGAUAAAAUAUCGAAAAAAAAAUAUAUAUUUGUAUAAAUGUAUUUUUUUAUAUACAGUAUACUAUAAUAAUUCAGUUGCUUAUCUCGGUAACAAAUUUAUUAUUAUAUUUUAUCUGAAUUUAUUUAAAUUGUAGACUUUUUAUACUUAAUAUGGCACUGACAUCACACAUUGGGCUAUCAAAGACGGCAAACUCAGAUAUUGCGGAAAUUUUGCAUCGGCCUAUAAGAAGUCUAACAUUUCCAAAAAACAGUAAUAUGGGUAUUUUUGUCGCUAUCGCGGUGCCGCUCGAGGAUCCUCUGAGUUCGAUCUCACUAUCGUACUUUUUCGAGGCUAACUACAAUUUACCACCGAACAUAACGUACCUCGAGCCCUGGACGCAGGUAAAAAGGAGGAAGCGAAAUAUCGAGAGAACCACAAUCUAUCGAGUUUUCGAAAGUAAAUUCGAGAGCUCCGGGUAUUCCGGAAGGGAGUGUCUGCUGAGAGCAAUCUGCGAGACCUCGGAGUUUCCGCUCCAGCAUAACGGGCUGAUCGGCGACAUCAUGCACGUGAUCUUCACACCGAGUACUUCGAGACACGAGGGAUUGCCGCGAGAUGUUGUCGAGGCUGAACUGGUUGGUCGCAAUGGAAGCUGCUCCAAGUACCAACCGCAAUGCCCAUUGGGACUCUUCGACUUGAUUGGAGUCCUCGCGUGAUCUCUGAAAAAUCGUCGCAAGUUUACCGUGCCACUUUCGCAAAGUAAACAGCCUAAUUGCGUCACCGUUGGAAACAUAGACUCGGUGCCUGUUGGAAAUUCACCUCGGAAAUUCACAGAGAGAAACUCUACACUGGAUAGAAACAUGGACCGAGCCAGAACUUUGAAGACAUCGCCCAACAACGAAAUCAAGAAUUUUCUGUUUCUAGAUGCAGAUACAUUUCGCCAUACACACGUACGUACUGUAAAUAACACAUAAAAAAGGAUUAUGUUAAAAUAUACAUUUUUGAAAUUUUCUUAAAUAAAAGUAACUUUUCAUAAUUUAUAACUUAAUUUUUCUUUUGCGACCAAUUUUCAAAUUUAAACAUGUACAAUAUUCCUACACUAACUGACAAGUCUAUAAUAAAGUCUUCUUUAUAUAAUCUCGUUCCAUAUUCCCACGCCAAAGAUUUUACUGCUAUCCCUUGUUACGUCGCAAAGUUAUUAGAUCCUCAAAGCUUUACGCUGAACGGAAACCAUUAUUUUGCUCUCACACGACGAUAGCAAACUAAGAGUCCUACGGGUACAUUCAUCGUUUAUUCGCAGUUUAUUACAUAAGAACCUUCCGCACAUUGAAACGGAAACGAAGAAACGACAAACGCCGUAUUAUCGAAUUAUCGCGGGAGAAUGUAUUUAUAUACUCGCUCGUAAUUGCCAUGUGAUCGUAAAUCUGAAAUGGACGAAGGAUAAGAGUUAUUACCACAUUUCUCCAGCUUAGCUUCCGUAUCUGCUCCUAAGCGAGGCCGCGUUAGAGUUAAUGCAGGCUAGGGGAAAAAACUCGCAGAGAAAAAAUUAUACCCUACGACGAUAUCAUAAUGCAAUUUUCUUGCCAAACACUAAUACUCAAGCAAUUAAAAUUAAUUUAACAAAAUAAAUUGUAUAAUUAUAUGUUGUGCUAUUAAUUUGUCAUAAUAAUUACUACCGGCAAUCCGUACUGGCACGCAAUUUAUAAAAAAA